ACAACCCAAUAUUCAAAAUAGGCAAAACAUAGAGGAAAAGAAGAUGGUGUACAACGGAGCGCCAGAAGUAGCUGAAAUCGGAUUCAUGAACAAGAACAAAAAAGGCCAGGUAGCAAUUUUUGAACAAGACGAGACGUCGGAAGCACCUAAUAUUAUGGAACCAGAGGUAAUCAAGAUUGUAAAAUCAGAUGUAAUUGAGAUUAUAGAACUAGUGAUAAUCAAUAUGGAACCAGAUGUAAUCGAGAUUACAGAUGAUUGA